AUGGUGUCUCCGCGGUCCCUCCUUUCUACCCUGCUUCCUUUUGCGUCAUGCGUCCUCGCCGCGACGUACGAUGAUUGGCGGCAGCGAACGAUUUACCAGGUCAUGACGGACCGCUUCGCCCUCGCAGAUGAAUCCUAUCCCGCCUGCGACCCCGCGGCCGCCGAGUACUGCGGCGGUACGUGGCGCGGGCUCGAGAAACACCUAGACUAUAUACAAGGCAUGGGCUUUGACGCGAUCUGGAUAUCGCCUGUUGCGAAGAACAUCGAAGGGCAUACCGACGAUGGUCAAGGCUACCAUGGAUAUUGGACCCAGGACCUCUUCAGCCUGAACAAACAUUUCGGCUCCGCCGAGGACCUCCACAGCCUCAUAUCUGCCGCGCACAAGCGCGACAUGUAUGUCAUGGCGGACGUGGUCGUCAACCACAUGGCCGGCAAGGCCGAGGACAUCGCGUCCCUACAAGCGGACUCGUUCUCCUCAUUCGCUCCUUUAUCGACCAAUGACUCCUUCCACCCGCUGUGCUGGGUGUCGGACUACACCAACCAGACCGAGGUCGAGCAGUGCUGGCUCGGCAAGGACUCGAACGGGUCCGUCGCGCUGCUCGACAUCAACACAGGGCACCACAAGACGAUGAUGCAGCUGUAUGACUGGGUCGGGCAGUUCAUCAGUAAUUACACGUUCGACGGCAUGCGGAUCGACCGGAUGAAGCAUGUGCAGAAGGACUUCUGGCCGGGGUUUGCGAAGGCGGCGGGCACCUUUGAGCUUGGGGAGGUACGCAGCGAGAACAUCAGCUACGUCGCGAACUACACCGACUCAAUGGACGGCGUUCUUGACUACCCGACGUUCUUCGCGGUCCGGGACGCCUUCUCGUCCACCAAGGGCAACCUGUCUGCCAUCGCAGAGGUCACGAACACGUCGCGGCACACCUAUCAGGGCAACGAGUUCCUGACCGGCGCCUUCAUCGAGAACCACGACUACCCGCGCAUGCUCAAUCUUACCCAAGACAAGGCACUCGUCAAGAACGCGCUGGCAUUUAACUUCAUCCACGACGGUAUCCCUAUCCUCUACCAAGGCCAGGAACAGGGCUACUCCGGCGGCGACUCGCCUGCGAACCACGAAGCGCUUUGGUUCUCGCGCUACGACACUCGCAACGACAUGUACCGCACCAUCGCCGCGAUGAACAAGGCGCGCAAGCAGGCGAUGAACGCCGGCAAGCACUUCCUCAUCACCGCCAUGGACUUCAUCAAGCAGGAGCAGCCCGGCGUCAUGGCUGUCUCGAAGCCGCCGCUCCUGACGUUGCUCACCAACGCCGGCAGCGGUGGCGCCGCCGCAUGGGACGUCCCCGACGUCUACAAGCCCAACACCGAGCUCGUCGACGUCCUCACGUGCCGGACGUACAACGCCGGCGCGAAGGGCGAGGUCAAGAUCAGCUCGACGGGCGGCAUGCCGCACGUCCUCAUCCCGUCCGCGGACCUCGCGCACGACGGCGGGCUCUGCACAACGGAGGCGAAUGCGGCGCCGAGGCGCGCGGGGACGCCCUUGGGUGCGACUUUGGGUCUCUUGCUUGGUUUCGUGGGUUUCAUGCUGCUCUGA